CCCUCUGUCCGGCGCCCCUCUCGUCAGUUUUGUACUAAAAACGCCCGUUUUCUUUCCGAGUUCUCUUCCCCAGUCGGCGCCGCUGCUGAACCCUAACCAUCAGGUCACCUCCAAGUCACCGGCGCUGCUCCUUCUCUGCACGACGCGUCACCUCUCAUCAUUUUCUCCUUCUUGAAGGCCGCUUCUAUAUUUACUUCGUUGGAUUCGUCUCUCGCGACUCUCCUCCUCUUCUUGUUCUCGGGCAAGUUCAUCUUCAGAUGGGAGUAUCUGAUGCAGUGAUGGACCAAGCAAAUGGGGAAAACCCUAGUACCAAACCAAAGGAAAAGCGGAAGGGCAAGCAUGACAAGCCCAAGCCAUGGGAUGAAGACCCAAACAUUGACCACUGGAAUAUUGAGAAAUUUGACCCUUCUUGGAACGAAGGUGGCAUGCUUGAAGUUAGUUCGUUUUCCACACUUUUCCCCCAAUAUAGAGAAAAAUACUUGCAAGAAGUUUGGCCCAUGGUAAAAUCUGCUUUGAAAGAGUAUGGUAUUUCAAGUGAACUAAAUCUGGUGGAGGGAUCAAUGACUGUUUCAACUACCCGAAAGACUAGGGAUCCAUUUAUCAUUAUGAAAGCCAGGGAUCUUAUAAAACUUCUAUCACGAAGUGUGCCUGCCCCUCAGGCAAUAAAAAUACUCGAUGAUGAAAUUCAAUGUGACAUCAUCAAAAUCAGUGGCUUGGUCCGUAAUAAGGAACGAUUUGUGAAAAGAAGACAGCAUCUUAUGGGUCCUAAUUCUGCUACUUUGAAGGCCCUUGAAAUACUCACUGGCUGCUACAUCCUCAUUCAAGGGGGCACAGUUGCUGCUAUGGGAUCCUUUAAGGGCUUGAAACAAGUUAGAAGAAUUGUCGAAGAAUGCAUGUUGAAUAAAAUGCACCCCGUGUACAACAUUAAGAUUCUGAUGAUGAAGAAGGAGCUUGAAAAGAAUCCAGAGUUGGCCAAUGAAAAUUGGGAUAGGUUUCUUCCAAAAUUCAAGAAGAAAAAUGUUAAGCAAAAGAAGGUUAAGGCUAAGAAGAAGAAGCCAUAUACUCCUUUCCCCCCACCUCAACCGCCUACUAAGGAGGAUAUAGAAUUGGAAACUGGAGAAUACUUUUUAAGUGAGAAAAAGAAGUCAGCAAAGAAAUGGGAAGAGAAGCAGGAGAAGCAAGCACAAAAAGUUGCUGAAAACAAACGAAAAAGAGAGGAGGCUUUCAUACCACCCAAGGAACCAGCAAUCCAGGAGGAUAAGUCCGGGGAAGCCAACAAGGAUGUCUCUGCCAUUGUGAUGUCAUUGAAGAAAAAAGCAAAAGAGCUGGGGAAGCGCAAAUCCGAAGAAAAUAUAAACGCCGAAGCAUAUAUUGCUGGAUCUGCUGGAGAGCAAGUAUCAAGGAAGAAAUCCAAGAAGCAGAGGUCUUAGCAUGAUCCAUGAUGGGCAUGUCAUGUGAAACAAGAUCCACAGGUUUUGCAUCACAACGUUUUUUUUGGGUUGGUCCAGGGUAAUAGUUGACUUGUUUUUUUCAGUGGGACCUGAGUUGACCUGUGAAAAGAAUUGGGGUGUCAGGAAUUAAUGAUCAAAGUGGGUCCAACAUAGUUGUUGCGGUUGAAA